AAACUCGCAGUGCCCUCCCUGCUUCCUCCCCUCCCCUCGCCGCCGCUCAUGGAUUCCUCUCAGGAUCCUGAGUACAGCCUCCUCCUGUCUCAGCCUGAUUGCCUCCUCCUCGCCGUGGACGCCUGUCUCGGCCAGCAUAGGAACUUCACCACCGCCAGCGCCACCACCAGCAACCACGACAAGAUCGAGGUGUCCUUGUGCCCUGCGAGGCCACCGCUCCCCUCCAGGAUCUACGUGCACUGCCCGGACCUAACCUUCGCUGAUCCCGGCGUCAUCCGCAUGGUGGAGGAUCUCUUUCUCCUCCGUGUCGCCGUUGGUUCUCCGCGCGAUGCAGCCUCCUCGCUGGACGACUCCGACUAUUUCGUCUACCGGGCCGGCAACGGAAGGCAGCCGACGCUUCAGCGGCUCCUGCGCCCGCAUCCCUUCUUCCACGACGACGACGUCGGUCUCCUUAGCCGCCGCGGCGGCAACUACACCGUCGCCGUGUUGCAGGAGCACUUCCAGGGCUCGCCGCUCUACGACCUCCACAUCCUCCACAGUGAGAACCCGACGGAGUGGAUCCACCAUUGGGAGGUGUCGGUGACCGAGCCACAGCUCAGGCCCCCGCUGGUGAUCCCCAAGAAAUGCGGUCGCCUCCUGUACUACGAGCCGAGCACCGUCAUCUCUAUAGGAGGUGAAGCCGGCACCAUCGGAUGGGUCGAUCUCUGGCACGGCAUCCUUCUCUGCGAUGUGCUCCGCGACGAGCCCACGCUCCGUGCUGUGCCUGUGCCUGUGCCGCUGGACUUGGUGAGCUGCGACAAUGGCCUGGGCACUGAACUGGGCAGUCCAAUCCCCUUUCGGGGCAUUGCCUUCGUCAAGGGAGGAGGCGCAGGUGGAGAUGGUGACUGCCUCAAGCUUGUUCAUUUGGUACCUAAGGCCACCUUGGUCCCGGGAGGAGGGCCUCUCUCAUUCCAAAUGGACGACUGGAUCAUCAUCACUUAUACCAACACUGCCAUGACAAGCCACUGGAAGGAUUGACGCAAGGAUUGCUGGAUCCAAGCUUCUGACAUCACAAUCGACACCCACACCAAGUCAGAGUUGCUGAAAUCUGGACUGCUUGGUUCUGCAUCAGACCAAGCCUUGCACAACCUAUUGGUGUCCCACCCUGCUCCACACAUCUCUGCUGCUGAUCAUCAUCAAGGUAUUGUUUACCUGAUGGCCAGGAAAAAAUACCAGGCCCACGAUCCCGAGGGGUGGAUGCUUGCUCUUGACACCAGGAACAAGACACUGCUAGGCGCAGCUGAGUUUGCCGUUGAAUGGCAGCCAUGUGCAUCUCACAUGUAUUGCCCUACUGGCAUUGCCAAGUAUAUCAAACCGAGCAUAGGCGAUAAGCGAAGGAUGCUAAGAGGGCUUAAAUUCUGAAAAUAAAGAUGUAACAUUGCAGCCGGCAUCUUUCAGCCACCCAACAGUUUCAUAUAGUCUCAGCAAACAACGUGCAGUAGCAGCGGCAGCCGAGGCUGUAACAAGGAGCCGAACAGGAGAGUUUAUGUGUCUCUCUUGCUUGAGUUAUUCAGUAAUCCUGGUCGUCAUCGUGCUUGGGAACCUAUUCUACUUGUUACUGCCUACUAGAGAUCGUCGUCCUGUAUCUUGUGUCACCCUGAAGUGGCUAAAAUGUUCUUGGAACAUAGAUGGUUUGCUAGUGCUGCCACGAAUCUCAUAAUCUUAUAGUAGAGCCUAGUAAGAUGAGCAUCGUACAUGAUGAUCUCUACUCUACUACCUCCGGGCAAAUGCAAUAUAUACUUGAGAAAAGAAAAGAUUGUUCUAACC